AUAGUAUUAAGUUUCCUUCCCAAGUAAAUAAAGUGCGACUGAAAAUGAGAGAUGGCGAUGGCUCCUAUGUCUAGUAUAAGAAGAUGACUUGGUGAGGAUGAGAAGUGGAUAACUUCAUCUUGUCUACACUGAAAAAUGGCAGAAUCUAAGGUUUUUGAUUAUCUGGGCGGAUUUCUAGUUUUGGAUGAAAAUUUCUGGAAGGGGAAUUCCCAAAAAGUAUGGUUUACAAUCCUUGCCCUAGUUUUUAUUUUACUUUGCCAAUCUCUUAGGGCUUUUAUCAGUAAUCGUUACAAUAAUAGAUCAGUUCAAGUCAUUUCUACUACUGGGACUACUGGGGCAGCUUCACUUGAACCAAAUUCACAAACCAGUAUAUCAGGAAUUGUAUCUGAUGCGGACUUAAGAAAUUUAAUAAAUGAGUUGGAUGAAAAGGGCGAGGAGAAUGUGCAAUGGAAUAAUGUCGUGGACAAAAGAAACAGUAGUGUUACUUAUAGUGUCAAGAAUUGCAAGCCUAAGGAUGGUCCUUUGAAAUACCUGAGUGUGACAGUAUUUGAGAAUUGUUCAACUGAGGUAUUAAGAGACUUUUACAUGGAUUAUGAGUAUAGGAAACAGUGGGACAAGAUGAUCGUGGAGGAUGAUCAAUUGCAGAUUGAUGAUAUUAGUGGAGUAGAAAUGGGAAGGACGAUAAAAAAGUUUCCACUGUUGACACCAAGGGAGUAUGUUUUAGCCUGGCGUAUGUGGGAAGGCAAAGAUAAGACUUUCUACUGUUUUAUCAAGGAAUGUGAAAGUGCUUUGGUACCUAGACAGAAGAAAUAUGUACGUGUUGGAGUCUUCAGAUCAGGCUGGAGAAUCAAGAAAGUUCCUGGUCGAAAUGCAUGUGAGAUCAAAUUAGUGCACCAAGAAGAUGCUGGGUUAAACGUGGAGAUGGCAAAACUUGCUUUUUCCAAAGGCAUAUGGAGUUAUGUGUGUAAGAUGGAUGCUGCUCUGCGAAAAUAUUCUCCCGUCAUGCGCCCUCAAUCAAGUUCAGUCAAGAACGCUGUAACUUUUAUGCGAAAGGUUCCACCUGAAUUAGAGACAGCAACUGAGACAACUGACCGCUCCCUUCUUGUGGGCACUUCGACUGGUGGCAUUGUUAGACAGGGGAUUGAAGAAGUAAACCAAAAGAAAAAACUCAUAAGAAAACCUUCAAAGAAAACGAUAGCUAAUGGCUUGCUUCUCCUUGGAGGUAUUGUUUGUCUUUCUCGUGGUCACUCUGCCCUAGGUGCAAAAAUCGCCAUGGCUUGUAUCCUGAAGAAGCUUGCGAAGCAUGGAAACCCAGCGACCCAAGUUACCCAAAACUAAAUACGUUCAACUAUAGUAAAUCACCAAGACGACAACCGCAAGAUACAUAUUUACUCUCUUUCAAUUGUCUUUGAUCUUCUUCCGUACUCUAUACCUGGAGCAUGAUCUUGUUCUGGUCACAGCUAUUUUAACAAAAUUUGGGUAGAGAUGUAAAUACGUACAUGAAUAUUUGUUGUAUUAGAAUCCAUGUUUCUGUUUUAUCUCCUCUGAUCAAUCAAAUUGUGAUUAGUUUUGGGAUUA